AUGUAUAUGAGCAUACAGUUUACAUGGUCGACGCAUAAACUAGUCUUUGGUGGAACUGCGCCAGGCACACGACGUUCUGUCUCCACCGCCGUCACUACCACCAAAUUUCGCUACUGUAGGGGUCUACACGUCCGCAUCAAAGCCUUGAAUGUCGUCUCCAGUGUUCAUCGUAGUCGCUUCGAUCCCAAGAAGGGCAACGCAAGACUGCCUAUAACCCGCAUCCUCUCCAUUCUUGCUCAGUAA